AUGGCCACAGGAUACCCAGCAUCCUCCGCCUAUACCGGUGCCUUUGGCUUCUUACCUCCCUUGAUUAACGACCGUGUGUCAUCUCUCGAUGGACAACCCAUUGCUACCCAGACCAGCAACUCCCCCGCCGGUGUAUUCGGCGGAGCGACUAGCAUCUCUUCGCAACGGUCAAAGCCUUCUGAGAGUUCCGGUCAAUCGGAGUGGACGCAACAGCCACCUAUAGCACCUCUAUCGAUGAGGCGCAAGAUCACGCCUCCACCGCUUCGUAGAGGAGGCUCAUACAGGUCUUCCGAAAGUCAGGAACGUCACUUACAGCAUGGCGUUCACUAUAAACCCGCUCCUAUUCACUGUGGUAACGACUUCGGAAGUGGAACAAGAUCUACCACAUCAGAUCGUCACGGAUCAACGCCCCACCAUCACAGCCACGAUUAUUUCCACAAGGAGAGGAUGGUGGGAGGUGUUCAUGAGUACGGCGAAGGUGCGACGCGGUCAUUACCAUGGGGCAGUUCUAAACAGCCAAGUGGCCGAAAGGAGGAGCAAACAAGGGUCCAGUUGGGGCCCACCCCUGCCAUGACUUCGCAGGGUCGAGAUUCAGAGAAUGCGUCUAACCAGGAGUCAAGCUUUGAUGCUCACCAGGCGGAUAUUGUUUUCCAGAAAAAGAGAAAGGACAUGACCUACAAAAUAAUGCAAUCGCUCAAUUCGCUCCCGGAGUCAAGCAGAGGGGAGGAUAGCAGCAGACGAAGCGCUAAUCAAAGUAUUAAUGCCAUGAAGGUUGGAUACGGUGAGACUGACAGAGGCGAUGAUGUUCAACAUCUGGAAGUGCUUGAGAGGAGGCGCAGACUGGGCCUGGCAUCAUCUGGAGGCAACACCGCGUUGAGCACUGUUCUUUCGUCGCGUCAGGUGAAUGUAUCGUCGGUCGCGGAUAUUGGUCUACGAACUCCCCAGACCCAUUCACCCAGCCUUGACCAUCGCGAUACUGGGCCCGAGGCAGGGCGUGUCGAUACGAUUGAGAAAGGUAAUUUGAACAUCCCCGCCCAGGGACUCACUAUACCCAAGACACCAAGAGAAAUCACCGGAGUCCAAACAACCAGAAUUUCGAAUGAAGAGACAGCUUCCACUUCGUCGACGGCGACUUCCCGAAGCAAGGCCGUGUGUAAAGCAUGCGGAGUGCCUGGUAGCCAGGUGACUCCACUUGUGCCUUGUAGCAGAUGCCGGAAAGGUUACCAUGAUCGAUGUGGGAACCCUAAGCCCCAGAACAGUGCCAAACUCGACGACUUCAUCUGCGGGCGUUGCCUGCGCAAACGCUCACGCGAAGUUCCUUCAAUACCAACACCGAAGCCAUCUGCAGUUCCGACCUGGGCUCAGAAUGCACGAGCAAGACCUGUCUCCUUGCUCAAUCCAGUCAUUCCAGGCGCAAUGAAUCCAUGCACGACUGAGAGCUUGAGCAGCAUUGACCGCGUUAACGCCGUUAACGCAGCCGAGAUCACUUCUGCACAGUCCGAGCCUAGGUCAACGAUUUUUUCUCUAUUGAACAACGAAGUCUGGCCCAAGGAAGCGAGUACUCGAUCCACGCCCAAAGAUAAAACAUUGACAGACUCAUCUUCAAAGUCAAACAAACAUAUGGCAAAGCGUCAUGCCAUAACAUUCGACCCACGGAAACGUAGAGCGCAACAACUUGAGGGGAAGCCAUGUUCUACCCUCUUGGGAACCGAGUCUGCAGAUGCCGUAUCGAACCAUAACAGACCAGGCAUAUUAGCUCAAACACCACUCGCGUCAACCGGCCAACCGGCCGGUGGGUUGUUCCGGCGACAGCAGGCGAGCCUGGUUCGACAUGAUCCUUCUGGUCCUGCUCCUUUUGAGCCUGAGGAUGGCCACGCAGCCACUCUUGAUGCAGCACACAACUAUCUUGAAAAGUUCAGGACGCAAUGCAACGAUGAUUCCCGUUUCAACAACUUUCUCGAUAUCUUGAAAGAUUUUGAAGACCCGGCUGUAAAUUUCCCCGAGACUGUCCAAAAGCUAGCGCAGCUCUUUAGCGAUCGCCCUGUUCUCAUUCGGGAGUUGAACAACCUCCUUCCUCAGGGAUAUCUCAUUGAAUGUGAUGCUCAAGAAGUGACCGACCUUAUUGGACCAGAGGUUUCAGAUGGAUCAAUUCCCGAUUCUUCUGGACAUAAAGCAACGAUGCUAAGCACACAUGCGUCUUUGAAGAAGAUCGCAACUGAUAUCGGCUCUGUUGCAGCAGAAAAGAAGCUGUGUGAGGGUUGUCACAAAGUAAUUUUCGGACGUACCUCUCGGUGUGUCAGGUGUUCGUUAGGGCUUGUAAGGCACAAGAGCAAAGAAAAAGCUAGUGCUGAAGUUAUGACUGAUAUGAGUGUGGUUUCGCCGGUUGCGCCAGUUGCGCCAGUUGCGCCAGACUCUGCUACACCUGCUUCAGAUCUGGCUUGCCCCGAGGGCGAUUCACAGAUGCAAAAUGACCACCGAACGCCGUCUCCACCAGCUCUCCAACAACGUCUGAUGCCUAAUACACUGAAGAGAACCGUGUCCGAGCAGGUGUUGUUUGUCCCCAGAAAGAAAACCAAACUCGCGCCUCUCGCCAUCAAUCGAGCGAAAGAGUCCUUGCGACGGUUAUCUCUCAGCCACAAUGCUGAAUCGAUUUCGGAGGCUGAGGCCGAGGCUCUAGACACAGGUUUGGAGGGGAGAAGAUCAUUGGAGCAGUUGACGAGGUUGGCAAUACUCGAAGAAAAGGGUGCGAGAGAAAAAAGAACAACCGCAAACACAACUGCAACAGCAUAUGCGCCAUUGAAGGAGUUUGUUGAUCGAUCCCACGGAUCAAGAGAAGCCUUGCUUGACUCAGAUCCUGGUCGCUCACGCGAGCCUGCAUUGUCCUUCCCCCAUGUGGGCGCUGGUGUGUGCUUAGACGAUGGAUUGGGAGCAGAGGCGCCAGAUAAUCUGCACAUGACAGAAGCAAGAUCUGCUGGCGGAGACGACACAAGACCCCUAAGUCAAGUCAAACAUCGAACUCAAGUUGCCCACGGUACCAUACAUGGUACUGAGGUCGUUCGUGAUCACCUGCGUCGAGAGAGCCUUGAAACGACUGAAAUGCAAGAGAACACAAGGAACGAGCAGGUACCAAACGAUGUUUGUGCGACAGUGCGUGCAUGCAAGACGUCACCCACGCCGGACCGGCACGAUAGCAUGUCAGCUGAUCCAGAUCUCGAGGAAUCUCGCUCAGACGACCCAAUGAGUACAUGUGGCCGUCUAGAUCCGCUCAAAUUCCACGAAUCUCUCCGAGAUCGUGAGUACCGCUGCCAUGGAGGGACUUCCUCGACGCAGAGGGGCGAUAUGUCCCACACCGCCAGCCAGGAUCAACAGACAGAUCUUGCGAGUUCUUAUGACCGUAACUCGACAACUCCGCCAGGCGAUCUUGUGGGGAGCUCAUCUGAAACCUUGAUUGGCGUGCGGCCAUAUCAAAUCACCGCCAAUGACCCAGAAGAUGAGGACGAUACUCGAGAUGACGCUACUCUAACGCAAACCCAACCAACACGUCGAACGACAGUAUCAAGGCAAUUGGCGACAACAAUGUCUGAUAUCGAAGACGGCGAUGACGUCCCACUGAACAGUAUUAGAGAUAACGACCCAGUUCCGGAGAUCAGUUCAGCAGAAGUAUUUUCGAUGCUGGGGAGGCACAGUGUUCUUUCUUCGAGCUCGCAGCCGAGUAGUACGAUCACCAGAGCAGACUCGAGGCAGUCCGAGGUUCAGAAUUCCUCACCCGCGACAGAAAUCGACCAAGCCGUGUGGACCGAGGCGGAGGAAAAUGCAUCUGUUGCUCGGUUAAAGGCACAAGGCGCCAUAUUCGAGUCGGAGUCGGACUCGGACCCAACGGACCGUACUCAUGAUCUGGUAGCUCUGCCUUUCCAAAGACCGAUCGAUCCACCCUGGAAGCUGCGGCAAAGAUCAUCGAAUCUAUUCGAUAUCCUGAAUGGUGCGGAGGAUUACAGUACUACCCAGGUAUCCUUAUCGCCACCAAGUGAAGCUAGACCUUCAAGAAAGCAGCUUGUCGGGAACUUACUAAAGUACCAGUGCCGAGAGCAGAGAAGAAAGUUUGGCAAUCCUCAUCAGGAAGUGAACCGACUCCUUGAAGGAAUGCAAGUGACAGCAGACGUCCAGUGCGAAACACGACUAGACACCCCCGAUUCUUUCACAGUGGGACGCUUCGAGAGGACAACAGUGAUCAUGUCAGUUGAAGAAUUCAUGGGGGUGCCUGAAGAACCGGUGGUCGCACUUGACAAGGAUAAAGAUGCACUGGUUUUCAUAGAGGGCAAAAAUCAUCGAGGUGGUCGUACGCUGCGGAGCCCAAGAAGGAUCAAGGAUGCCGAAAAGUUUCCCUUUGCGUACAAAUGA